AUGACGAAAGGACGUACGCGUUCACAUUUCCGCGCACAGCAGAGCGAUAACACAACAGGGCGAACGAUCCAGCGAAAGCUGGUCCAGGGUGAGCUUCCUGAGCUGACCGCGUUUUGUAGAGGAAGUUGUCUCCAAGCACACCGACGUGCACGGAGAGGUGGGGAUUUUUUUUCUGCACAACUGCAUCUGAUUUGCACAACUGAGCGGCUGAAGUUUUGUGUGAUUCCAGGUCGUCUUUGUUUUUGAGUUUACUGGGGAGCAGCAGUAACCCCACCACGUCGUGCCACGGGGAGGAGAGGAGAGGAGACAGGGCAGAAGUUUCCGCUGGUUUGUUUUGUCACUGCGGGGCUGGUAAAUCCGCAGGAAUGUCGCAGAAGGAGAGACCCACUUUCUACCGACAGGAGCUCAGCAAAACCGUGUGGGAAGUCCCGGAGCGGUACCAGAACUUAUCUCCCGUCGGCUCCGGUGCUUACGGAUCUGUAUGUUCAGCAUUUGAUGUGAAGACAGGCUUGAAGGUAGCAGUGAAGAAGUUAUCCCGGCCCUUCCAGUCCAUCAUCCAUGCAAAGAGAACCUACAGAGAGCUGCGGCUGCUUAAACACAUGAAGCAUGAGAAUGUGAUUGGUCUACUAGAUGUUUUCACACCAGCAACAACUUUAGAGGAAUUCAAUGAUGUGUACUUGGUGACCCACCUCAUGGGAGCAGACCUCAACAACAUCGUGAAGUGUCAGAAGCUGACUGAUGACCACGUCCAGUUCCUCAUUUACCAGAUUCUCAGAGGCUUAAAGUACAUCCAUUCUGCAGAUAUCAUCCACAGAGACCUGAAGCCCAGUAAUCUGGCUGUGAAUGAAGACUGUGAACUCAAGAUCCUGGACUUUGGUUUGGCACGGCACACAGAUGAUGAAAUGACGGGCUACGUAGCCACCCGGUGGUACCGGGCCCCAGAGAUCAUGCUCAACUGGAUGCACUACAACAUGACAGUGGAUAUCUGGUCAGUGGGGUGCAUCAUGGCUGAACUACUUACUGGACGGACACUCUUCCCCGGCACAGAUCACAUUGAUCAGUUGAAGCUUAUAAUGAUGCUCGUCGGAACCCCAGGGCCCGAGCUCUUGAUGAAAAUCUCUUCGGAGUCUGCGAGGAACUACAUCAACUCACUUCCCCACAUGCCAAAGAGGAACUUUGCUGAUGUGUUUAUUGGUGCCAACCCUCUUGCGGUGGACUUGCUGGAGAAAAUGCUGGUGUUGGACACAGACAGGCGUAUCACGGCGUCAGAGGCUCUGGCCCACCCCUACUUUGCCCAGUACCAUGAUCCGGACGACGAGCCUGAAGCAGACCCUUAUGACCAGAGCUUCGAAAGCCGCGAGCUGGAGAUUGAGGAAUGGAAGCGCUUAACUUAUGAGGAGGUACUCAGCUUUGUGCCGCCAUCGUUUGAUGGAGACGAGAUGGAAUCCUGAGGAGGACGCAUCUUUUCUUC